AUUAUAACAAUAUUGACCGGCACACUUUACCCUGCAAAGUAAUUAAAGAAUUACCAAACAAGAUGUACCAUUUGCAAUAUAAAAAUGGAAUCAUUGACACAACUUUUAAUGCAAAUGAACUUAUGCCAUUGGGUUCAAAUAAAUAUGAAGAGCUGGAAGUUUGCAAAAAUAAUGUUAUUAGUGUUCAAAAAGCAGCAAGAAUGCAAUCAAUGUCAACU